AGGGACUUUGGUGAGGAGGAGGCAGAGAAAAAACUGGAGAAGCACAAGCGAACAGGCUUGAUAUGGUAUUGGACUGAGGGCCAGUUUAACCAGAGAAGGGCACUCCCUCCCCCAGUUAACCGGAGUAUUGCAGGGUUUUUAUUUUUCCUCGGUUUUGCUGGAUGUUCAUGAGGAGCUCAGUUAGACCAAGUGACAGUAACCAGUGCUAGCAAGCUAGUGGGAGAGUGGCUGGACUGGAAUUUGUGGCCCGGAACGGCGGACCAUCCACUUUGCGGGACUUAGAUAUGCUUCUCAUUACCUUGGAUGUGCGGUGCUCCUUUCCUGUUGGGGUGUAGAUCUCGUUUCGAGCCACAAAGCAGAUCAGUCAACUGCUACCCUCGUGCUUUGAUCGGAGGAAGGUCUACAGGAAGCUACAGAACUUAAUGCUCAAAGGAAAUGCAUCGAUGUCUGUAUCAUCAUCUCCUCUUUGGGAUUUCGGUGCUGGUUGUCAUGCAGUGGAGCCUCUGCAAGGAGGAAUGUAUAAAGAUAACUAUCAAGUCCUGCAGUGACUGCAUCCAAUCCGGCCGCUUCUGUGCCUGGUGCAAACAGCUGAAUUUCACCAAGCAGGGUGAUGGGGACUCAGUGCGAUGCGGCACACGAAAGGAGCUGCAGGAGAAAGGCUGUGAGGAGACAAACAUCAUCAAUCCAGAGAGCACUGCCCAUCCUAUGAAAAACAGACCCCUGAACACAAAGAGUGGUUCGACACAUAUCCAAGUACAGCCUCAGGAAGUCAAACUCACACUUAGACCAGGUAUGCCACACACCUUCUCAGUCAAGUUCAAACGCGCAGAAGAUUACCCAGUGGAUCUGUACUACUUGAUGGACCUCUCCUAUUCUAUGAAUGAUGAUCUACAAAACGUGAAGAAACUUGGAAAGUCUUUGCUAGCAGCUUUGAAGGAAACGACCAGCAAAGCACGCAUAGGUUUUGGGUCAUUUAUCGACAAGACUGUUCUGCCAUUCACGAACACCCACCCAGAAAAACUGCAAAAGCCAUGUCCAGAUGAAGAGAAGAAUUGCCGGCCCACAUUUGGAUACCAGCACGUGUUGAACCUGACGGACAGUGUGGAUACUUUUACCAAAACAGUGUCCAUCCAGAACAUCUCGGGGAAUCUAGACAGGCCAGAAGGAUCUCUCGAUGCCAUCAUGCAGGUGGCAGUCUGUGGGGACAGAAUCGGCUGGGGGAACAGCACCCGGCUGCUUGUAGUGGUUACAGACGAUGGAUUUCACAUGGCAGGUGAUGGGAAACUGGGCAGCAUUUUUGAACCGAACGACGGUCAGUGCCACCUGGAUGCAGACCAGUUGAACAGCAAAAACAAUGAAAUGGACUAUCCUUCUGUAGGGCAGGUGGCCACAAAGUUAGCAGAAAAUAACAUCCAGACCAUCUUUGCCGUCACUGAGAGAGUGGAAUAUGUGUAUAGAGCACUGACAAAGCUCAUUCCCAAGUCUGAAGUUGGCGCUCUCUCGAAUGACUCUAGCAACAUUGUGUUACUGAUCAAAGAAGCGUAUGAGAAACUGUCGUCAAAUGUGAUCUUGAGCCAUGAGGAGCUUCCAGAUGGUGUUACUGUCACCUAUACAUCAAACUGUGACGGUGGAGACGUUACAGACACAAUAGGGAGGUGUAACGAUGUCAAGCACGGUAUGGAGGUCAUUUUCAACGUGACAGUAACAGCAACACAGUGCAUGGAGGAGAAGAGCUUUCGCAUCCGAGCCCUGGGCUUUACAGACACAGUGACAGCGAAUGUGCUGACGCGCUGCGAGUGUGACUGUGAUGACAGCAUUCAUCGCGGUACCCAUAGUCACUGCAAUAAUAAGGGCGACGUCGUCUGCGGCACUUGCAGCUGCGAGAAAGGGUAUGCGGGACGGACCUGCCAGUGCGAGCUGAAGGAGUCGAGCCUGGAGCGGCAGAACGAGGCGUGUCGGCUGAAUAACGGCACAGAAUGCUCCGGCCAGGGGGAGUGUGUGUGCGGCCUCUGCGAGUGCCAUGCCAGCAAGGACGGCGUCCAAUUCUAUGGAACCUAUUGCGAGUGCAGCAACACCAGCUGUGAAUCCCACACCGGCAAGAUAUGCGCAGGGAAUGGGAGGUGUGACUGUGGCAAGUGCAUUUGCAACCCCGGGUAUGGGGGGUCGGCGUGCCAGUGCAAGGUGUCCCUGGAAGAGUGCAUGAAGAACAAGAGCACCGAGGUGGUGUGCAGUAAACGGGGAGAAUGCCAGUGCGGCAUCUGCAACUGCAAGGAAGGCUACGAACUGCCCUACUGUGAGGAAUGCACUGUCUGCAGCUCCCCCUGCUCCAAAUAUGCGAGCUGUAUUGAGUGUAGCGGUUUUGCAGCUGGCCCGUUACAAAAAAGCUGCCAAAGGAGUUGCACACAUCUCGUAAGUGUUACGAUGGUGGACAGUCUUAAAAGCAAAAGGCCCUGCAGAGAGAAGGACUCGCAGAACUGCUGGAUGACCUACGUGAUGAACGAGAUGGACGGCUUUGACAGAUAUGAAGUUCAGAUUCUGAAGCAGAGAGAAUGCCCACCACCACCGAACAUCGGGGCCAUAAUUGGAGGGACAUUUGCCAGUGUGGCCCUGAUUGGAAUAGUCAUCCUGCUCGUUGUCAAAGGCUUCAUUCAGUACCGUGACUUGGUGGAGUUCAGAAAGCACGAGGAAGAGCGUUUAAAGUCGAAGUGGUCUAACGAGGAUAAUGCUCUAUACAAAGCAGCAACAAGCACUGUCCAAAAUCCUUUUUACACCGGAGACUGAUGGACCAGUGGAACCCUCCUCCAGCGCUGAACAUACCUCCGAAAAUGUACAACAUAAAAUAAGAAUCGUUACUGUCACUACAUAGAUCGGCAGGAGAGCAGGACAGCACCGACGAUAUCCAAGAAGAAGGACAAUUCAAUAUAGAGAUGGAUGGACACAGAAAAACAAACAUAAAAAAGAGGAGACCAGAAAAAAUGGACGAACACAUCCCAGGUAGCAGAAAUAUACAGUAUGGACAGACUUUUUAAAGGAUUCAUAUAUUUCGAGUUUAUGAUGGAUAUUCCAGUUCCAUUCUGUUUUUCACUUUCAGUACAUUAUUCAGAAAAAUACUUGAGAUAUUCAACACUUUGGUAUAAAAUAGGAUUUGGUGUUAAUGAUUUUGCCCAACUGUAGGCUAAUGUAAGUUUUCUGAGUGUGUUUGAGGUAUGCUAGGCUAGGCUAUGAUAAUGCAUUUUCGCCUUACGAUAUUUUUGCUCAUGUUAAGCUUAUUAGAACGUAAUCCCAUCGUGACUUGGGCAGUGGCUGUUCAGUAUUUGUGUAACAGUGCGAAAUGUCAAAGAGGUGGAAAUUGCCGAGUGGAUUAUAACCAGAUCUAUGGAUGCUUUUGUACAUUGAUGUGGGGGGAGGUGUAUCAAUUUUAAAUAUGGGGGAGAUGGGGAGUUGCAGCAGUUAUGAGGAAAGAGCUGCUUUUGAUCUGAAUAUGAAUUUGAUAUGAAACCAUUUCUGUGGCUUCCGCAUCGCUGUGUCUUAAAGACAUGCAGUCUUGGAUGGUUCACAACUUCUGUGCUUCUCCUCAUCGAUUAUUUCAGGAUUUUCCUUUGCCGUUUCUUUGUUUUAAAUUGUAUUAUACCCAUCCAUCCAUUUUCCAAACUGCUUAUCCUACUGGGUCGCGGGGGGGGGGGGGGGGGGGGGGGGGUCCGGAGCCUAUUCCGGAAGCAAUGGGCAUGAGGCAGGGAACAACCCAGGAUGGGGGGCCAGCCCGUCGCAGGGCACACUCACACACCAUGCACUCACACAUUUACACCUACGGGCAAUUUAGUAACUCGAAUUAGCCGCAGCAUGUUUUUGGACUGUGGGGGGAAACCGGAGUACCUGGAGGAAACCCCACGACGACAUGAGGAGAACAUGCAAACUCCACACACAUGUGACCCAGGCGGAGACUCGAACCCUGGGCCCGGAGGUGUGAGGCAACAGUGCUAACCACUGCACCACUGUAUUAUACCAACCCUGUUGAAUUAUAUAUGUUCUAUAGAUCACCUGAUUUCUCUGUUUAUGUCAGCAAAUAUACUUGAUUUAUUUGGCAGCUAUUUUUAUCCUGAUGUUGUUGCUUUUAUACUGUGUAAAAAAAUUCAGAAAAUUAUAUGAUAUGAUAAAUGUAAAAAGAUAAAUGAAGUGAGGGCAUGUACCUGUUAAUGUUUUUCACGACAUAAAAUACUUCUUUUUGUUUUAUUUCCAUCCAUCCUGCUUAAACGUAAAUACAAAGUUGGUUUCGUUUGUGAAACUGUCGCCUCACUCCUCCAGGGUCAAGGAUUUGAAUCCCGUGUGUGUGUGUGUGUGUGUGUGUGUGUGCGUGUGUGUGUCUGUGUGUGUGUGUGUGUGUCUGUGUGUGUCUAUGUGAUGUGCGUGCGCGUGCAUGUGCGUGUUUUAAUAUUCUUCCCAUAUAGUGCAGGUUCCCCUCCCAUUUUUGGUGUAAGAGGUUGAAAAAUUGAUGGAUGUCUGCUAUGAGUACUAAAAAAAAGAUUAAAUUAUGAUUUCUGUAAAAAUGA